AUGGGCUAUGCAGGCUCUCAGGUGGGCUAUGCGGACUCUCAGACGGGCUUUGCGGACUCUCAGACGGGCUUUGCGGACUCUCAGACGGGCUUUGCAGACUCUCAGGCAGAUAAGUGUCCGCACUACAAGAGCCAUUUUCCUGUAGCCACGUUCAGCAUGCUAAAAGACGCAGGGAAAAUGGCCGCCGACCCUGGAUAUGUGACGGGAGGCAGCAACAUGGUCAGGGGCCCAGGGGUCCUCCUACUCCCCCUGCUGGCCGGGCUGGGAGCGGCAGUGUCAGGACUUCCAGAGAACUUACGAGUGGAGGGAAUAAACACAAUAUAUCUGCUAAAAUGGGACUGGGACUAUCAAAAGAAUCCAAAUGUGACCUUUUCAGUGACCAAAGCCUAUUCUUUAGGGAGUACUUGGAGUAUCCCGGAAGGAUGUGAAAAUAUCACCGCUUCAGAGUGCAAUGUGUCCGGUAUAGACGUGUUGUAUAGAUAUAAAUUCCUUGUUUCAGUUUACAAUAGCAAAACAGAUGAGCACAACUCCAGCAUUGCCACUUUUUCUCCUUUAGAAGACACCUCUUCUCCCCUGGACACCGACUGUCUAAGGAACGCUGACGUCUUCUGGUCUUAUGGAGGUCCAUUUACUUGCAUGAGACAUGAGGUCACUGAGGGACAUUCCACAGCCGGAGAGGAGGAAGAGAUAGCUGUGAUAGGACCCCCCACCAACCUGACUCUGACUCUACAGAACAACGAUCUGCACAUUACUGUUAUGCACCCUGAAGCAUUUCACAAUUCAGUUCUCCGUCAGAACUGCCCGUGGAUGUAUCACCUGGAGAGCUGGAAAACCUCUACACCUACAGAAGUGAACGCUAUGCAAAAUAUAGGAAUGCACUUUAAGAUAGAUGCCGUGGAAGCCUCAACAACCUAUUGUGCAAGAGCAUAUACAAAAUGUAGUGGGGGCAACAGAACCGGGCUUUAUAGCAAGAUUUACUGCAUUACAACUGCUCCUCGGUCUUACAUAAAAGAAUGGAUCAUAGGGUCGGUCUUCGUGGCAAUAAUUGUCAUCUCAGCCAUUCUCUACAUCUGUCUCUGUCCUUUGAAACGGUACCUCAGACACAUUUUCUUCCCAAAAAGCAAGCUGCCAUCAAGCAUCGAAAAGGGUCUGCAGGACUCGCCUCGAAAUUACAUAAAAAACUUAUUUUUGUUACACGAAGAAGAGAAAACUGACAGGUGCUAUAUUAUGCAGAACAGUCCGGUGGACGCUGAGACCACAAUGGAUAAAAACAGUUCAGAGGCGAAAGGCCGCGACUCUGGGAACUACUCCAACGAGGAUGACGUCACAGCCGCCACUCAAUGA